AAAAAUAAGCGAAACUUGGAGAUCGAGCGCCGGAGAAUUUUUUAUUUAUUUGUUUUUGAACUUAACAGUCGCGGCGAGGUGAGAUCGAAGCAGAUCUCUCGCCGGAAAACAUCCAAUGGUGAAGGCACUGCAAGGCGCGGCUCAGAAUCUACCGGCGGAUGUGAACCACCUGAUCGAUCAGUUAGAGCGUCACUGCUUGGCUCCCGAUGGAUCUCUUGUUACCAAAUCAGCCUACUACGAUCUUCAACUCGCGAGAGAGGAGAUGUCUCGGGAGAGACUGCGUUAUCUGGAAGCUAUGGCUAUCUAUUGUGAAGCUGCAGCUAUGGUAGAAGAGUAUCAACAAGCUCUUUCAGUAGCUAACCAUGGAGGUACUCGGGAUGUUCACGGUCUUUACCCUCAACUUGGCUUGAAGAAUUCUCCUCAGGUUUAUGAGACUUUAGAGCAUAGGUUGGUGGUUGCUGAGGCAGCUCAGAAACUGAGGCUGCCUCUUAUUUCAGAUGAUGGUGAAAUCCACGAGGAAGAGAUCGAAAAGUGGAGCAUGCUAUCAAGAAGCUCUCUUGAUAGUGCAGCCACGAGUUUUACAGUCAGCUCUGCUUCUAACUCGGUGAACUAUGCGAAUAGCUCUGCGAACAGCGUCGCCUUUGGUGCUGCUGAUACUGAUGGAGUUGGUGGUGUGCCGAAUCGCUUUCUUGGAAUAACACCUGCUUAUCUAUCAUAUGUCCAGCUCCAAAAUACUAUGUCCAUGGAUAUGGCUGACUACCAAAUGUUUCUUGCUCGUGAGAUAGAAGGUCGAUUGAAGGACAAGUGUGAUAAGUUGGCUGAUGCCAUUGUUGACGACACUGAUUCAUCUACUGGAAAUCAAAAUUCAAGUGCUAGGCUCCCAGAAAGAGUUAAGUUUAUAAUUGAGGAGAUUGAAAGGGAAGAAGCGGCUCUACGAGAGGACCUCUACUCUGCUGAUAGGAAAUUUGCAGAAUAUUACAAUGUCCUGGAACAAAUACUCGGGGUACUUAUAAAGCUUGUGAAGGAUCUGAAGUUAGAACACCAACACAAAUAUGAUGAGAUGCAGAAGACUUGGUUGUGUAAAAGGUGUGAGACCAUGAACGCAAAAUUAAGGGUUUUAGAACAUAUUCUCUUACUUGAAACAUACACCCCUGAAUCCAUACCAGCCUUGCACAGCAUCAGGAAUUAUCUAGUCGAGGCUACUGAAGAAGCUUCAGCUGCAUACAACAAAGCGGUUACACGGCUGAGAGAAUAUCAAGGAGUAGAUCCUCAUUUUGAUACAAUUGCCAGACAAUACCAUGACAUUGUUAAGAAACUGGAAAAUAUGCAGUGGACAAUCCAUCAAGUUGAAAUGGACCUUAAAGCGCAUACCUGAUCGCUACAUUUCUCUCUCACACGUUCAUUUUGCCAACAACAGUUAUGACAUUAACAAAUCUGUAUGGGAGAAAAGGUCAGUUUAAUAUAAAUGUUUCAUCAACUGUUUGCAUUAUUCUACCGUCGCUCGGUUACUUCAGGAUUUUUGUAAUAUGAAAAUUGUUUCUCGUUUGUCUGAGAGAUAUUUUAAUUUAACCAA